UGGUGCGGGCAGGAGGGCGGCGGCCGAGGAGCUUCCGGGAGCCGGGGCGCUGGCACUUCCCGGCCGAGUCUGCAGCCGGCAGCGCGGGGUCGCGCAGACUUUAAGAAACAAAACGUAACAAACAUAUGGAAAAGUGCACAGAUCCUGAGUCCCGCCAAACCACUUUUCACAGGCUUGUUUGUGUAACCUGCAUCCAGAACAAUCUCAGAUGCAUUCCUGGCCAGCUGCAGCAGAGAACAGUCACUCUCCCAAGUUUGUACCUUGAUGGCUGCUCCAUGGCUCUCUCCCACCCUGCCACGCCCCCAAUGCCUGCUCUCCCAGGGUUAGUUUGGAGGCCUGCACUAUGGCUUCGUCCUCCUCCGUCCCAGCCUCUUCCACUCAGUCCAAGAAGCCUCGAGACAAGAUAGCUGACUGGUUUAGGCAGGCUUUGUUGAAGAAGCCUAAGAAGAUGCCAGCCCCCCGGGAAAGCCACCCAAGUGAUGGUUCACAGAAAUCCACACAGGACGGUCUCCCACCCCCGAGCCACGACUCACCCUCCAACCGCAGCUCACCCCCGAGCCACAACUCACCCUCCAACCGCAGCUCACCCCCAAGCCACAGCUCACCCCCGAGCUGCAGCUCAGUAAUGUCUCCUACCCUGCAACCAACACACAUGGACACCAGCUGCAGCAGUGGCCGCUGGAGCAAAGACUAUGACGUCUGCGUGUGCCACAGUGAGGAGGACCUAGAGACCGCCCAGGAGCUGGUCUCCUACUUGGAGGGUAGCAGGGCCAGCCUACGCUGCUUCCUGCAGCUUCGGGAUGCAACACCAGGCGGCGCCAUUGUUUCUGAACUAUGCCAGGCAUUGAGUAGUAGUCACUGCCGCGUGCUACUCAUCACCCCAGGCUUCCUCCGGGACCCCUGGUGCAAGUACCAGAUGCUGCAGGCCCUGACGGAGGCCCCUGGGGCAGAGGGUUGCACCAUACCCCUGCUAUCCGGUUUGACCAGAGCCGCCUACCCGCCGGAACUCCGAUUCAUGUACUAUGUGGAUGGCAGAGGCCAGGAUGGUGGCUUUUACCAAGUCCAGGAGGCUGUCAUACGCUAUCUGGAAACACUAAGUUGACACUUGAGUUUUCAUGAGAAAAGUUGGAGAUAGCUCACUCCAGGUGCUGGAUUCCAGUAGCUAUGGCCUCAGACGCCAGCGCCAGCUGCACUGUGGACCUGGCACAGGGUCAGCUUGCCACCGCUUCUAUUACUGGGGGCUCCACAAGAAGGCCCGGUGGAAGAUGCUCACCACCACCACCAAGGAAACCAGGAGGAAGAUGGGGAUUCCCCAAGAAGGGCAGAAGGAGCCAGGGACUCUCUCAGGAAGGCAACGAGGAAGUCAGAAAUUGGAGUUGUCAAGAGAUUGUGACUUCAGGAGGGGCAGCAGUGUCUUAUCUGCUGCUUAACUGAACAGGAAGCUGACACACAGUGCUCUUCUUCUCCGGAGUCAGGCACCGGAGUAAAUAGGUACCACUCCUCACUGAGGGGUGAGCCUGACUGAUGAACUAGAAGUCAAUGCUCUUCUCAGUUGCCUGGGAAACCGGGGAGAGAUGGCAGGUAUCAGGUCCUUCACACUCACACUACUGUAGCUCUUUCCCAGAGACAUCAACUCACUUUACAGAGCUGGAGGAAAGGCACGUCCAGCCCCACACUGAAUACCACUUACUGAACAACAAAAAAGGUUUGAAAUACAAACCUUGCCAGGCGGUGAUGGCACAUGCCUUUAGGAGGCAGAAAC